UAGGAACGCCGUUUUCUAAACCGAAUCCAAUCCGAGCAGCAGGGUUGUGUUAUCUAAAAACCCGUUAUGCAUCAAACGAGAGCGGAUCGGAAGAUUCAGAUAUGAGUUUGCUUAAUUUGAGAAGCAGCGGAGGAGAUAGAAUUAGACAUCUUGAGUAGAUCAUUGUCUAAACACUUGACCAAGUGGUCUAAACGUUUGAUCCGAAAGCCCCCUCCUGUCUUCUUAGCUCCUUAAGGAGAUCGCGCCAUUCAUUUGCUCGUCGGUUUAAAGCUGCAGCCUUUUACUCAUUCCCUGAUCUUGAGAAAAAAAAGUAUUCUUCUCUAAAUAGAAGAGAUUUUGAGCCUAAAGUUGCGAAUUCCUGCUUAGCUAUGGAUUCUUCUGGAAAAUCCUUCAAUCCCAACAAGCAUCUGAAAGAGCAAUUUGUUAGCAACUUGACUGGUUCUUCCAUGCUUGAAACCUUUGCACUUUCGGCUUUAGUACCUGUUUUGGUGCUUCUGCGACAAUCGUUUUGUUGUGCUUGCAUGACAGAUGUUAUGAACAAGAAGACUUCAGUCAAUAAAAAUGAGGACGGAGCCAUUGGAUUCAAGAAUAUGGGAGCCUACAUGUCGAUGUUGGCUAUUGAUUUCUUGUUGAUCGUUGUUCCUAUCGUUUUAUCUUUCACAGUUCUAUCGGAGUGGAUAUAUACGGUUGCACUUAUGUUGACAUCGUUGUUGAUAUUCUUUGUUCGAACCAAAAGGUAUAAACAUGUUGCUGAAAAAGGGAAUGAUUCGAAUUCUCUUCGAUCAAAUGUCUCAUCUUAUAGAGUAACCAUGAUGCUUGUCACAUGCUUCUCUAUUUUGGCUGUGGAUUUCAGAAUAUUUCCAAGGAGAUUCGCUAAAACUGAAACUUACGGGACAAGUCUGAUGGAUCUUGGGGUAGGCUCAUUUGUAUUUGCAAACUCAUUAGUCUCUCGUCAAGCUCGCGGCAUACAAACUGUAAAAUUGAAGAAUAUAAUACAAUCUACUAGUCCACUUCUUCUUCUGGGGUUUGGUCGCCUUGUUUCUACUGCAGGCAUACAUUAUCAGGUUCAUGUUGGGGAAUAUGGAGUACAUUGGAAUUUCUUCUUUACACUCGCUGCUGUAUCAAUUUUAACAUCUGUAAUCAAUAUUAGUCCGAGAUAUUGUGGAGCUCUAGGUCUAUCGAUCUUAGUGGGGUAUGAGGUUAUCUUGAUGAAGGGUGGUUUAAAUGCUUAUCUUUUGUCUAAUGAAAGAGGAAAAGAUAUUAUCAGCCAAAACAAGGAAGGAAUUUUCAGCAUAUUUGGGUACUUGGGUCUUUAUCUUGUUGGUGUUCAUUUAGGAAACUAUUUAAUCUUUGGAGAUUCCGGUGCAAUUCUCCGAACCAAUAAAUGGGCAAAGAGCAGGGUUUACUUUCUAUCUAUUUUUUUCUGGUUAUUGACUAUGUUGCUGGACGAGUAUGUUGAGGAAGUUUCUCGUAGAAUGUGCAAUGUAGGGUAUGUUACCUUUGUGUUGGCACAGAAUCUGCAGGUUUUAGCGAUAUUGAUGGAGGCUGAUAGGAUUCCAGGAUACAAGAUGUCUCUGUUGGAGCAAGCUAUUAACCGAAAUUUACUUGGCACAUUUCUUCUGGCAAAUAUCCUGACGGGUUUGGUUAACAUGUUUGUUGAAACGCUGUUUGUGUCGACAUUAACAAGCAUUUGGGUCUUGAUUGGUUAUGCUUUGCUGCUGUCUUUUACUAUGGGAUUAGCUGAUUUUUGUGGCAUUAGGUUUAAAUUUUGGUAGAUCAUUCAUUCAUUUCUUUUUCCUUUUUAUUUCGGGUUGUAAUAUCAUUGUAUUAUCCAUCAUUUAAGAACAAGAUUCUUAAAUGAAAUAUAUA